AUGCAGACCCUCCCGGUUCUGCUACUCGUCGUUGCGGCCAGCCUACCAUGGGCGGAAAGUCUCGGAUUCUGGCGCGCCAACCUGCCGGAUCUAUCAACAGAUCUUGGAAUCAAUGGCAGCAUCCCCGCGUUACCGAGGGCGAACGGAUGGCCGCGGCCGAAGCCGACGCCAGCAUUCAUGCAUUCAGCUGCCGUCUUGAAGAGACUAGAGCAGAGCAUGAGUGCUCUUCAAGUCGAGACCCUGGGCAAGAAUACCUGUGGUUUCUUCACCCUCUCCAAAGACGUCCCGAGAAUACCGAGAACACGCGUUUGCGACGCAACCAAAGACUGCACCGCCUCAAAUGAUUAUCUGGGCUGUGGAGGGAACGCCAUUGUUACCUGUUUAGCGUUCAAUCAUCCCCUGUGCGGGCAAUCCCAGGUUCGCGGAAAGAAUACACUCUGCUGCAUGAAAUCGAAUGGCUACAACGGGGAGUGCCAGACCUUUAUCAGGAGUGAAGGUGCCCUGGGCGACAAGACGCUCCUAGCAUGUCGCGAAGACGACAUUGCCUGGGAUCCCAUCGUCUAUCUGCAGAUCGUAAGGGACUUUAUCACGUCUUCAUCCACUUCUUCGGCCGAGACGCGGACCACACCAACCCCAGACUCCUCGACGCCCUCGGACAUGCCCACCCCUUCCGUCCCAUCGGCUCCGACACUGUCGAUGGCCUCUUCGACAAACGCACCGACGUCAGGGCCUACCGGCGGCGGCGCUCCAUCCGUCGGCUCGCAGACCGGGGCCAUUGUCGGCGGCGUCCUCGGUAGCUUGACCAUUUUGGCCAUUGCCGGCUGCGUCGCGACGUGGCUUGUCGUGAGACGAAGGCGGGCGGUGUCAGGUCGGGGGUCAAGCGGCCACGUCUCACCGUCUCCUAGUCACGAGCUCGCCGGCGAUCAACCGUGUGUGUCUCCGAAAGAGGGAGGCGGCGAGCAGUACGGUUACCAGCCCAUGUCGCCGGUGUCUGCGUGCGCGUCCUCGUCUGCGCAGCGAGAGGUGUUUCAGGCCCCAGCGAGCGAUGCAAUAGGAAGUGCAAUGAAGCCGGCUGAGUUGGGCUGA